AUGAACCAAAGCAAACAGAAUUCAAAUGGAACCGUGUUUACAGUCACCCAGUUUAAAAUAAAUGGUGCAGAAAGCAGUCUAGAACAAUUCUACACAGAGCUUUCUGUUUUUCUUCUGAUCGUGUAUCUUCUUGUUAUAACUGGAAACCUCAUGAUUAUACUAUUGGUAGCAGUGGACCGAAGACUUCACACACCAAUGUACUUCUUUCUUUGUCAUUUAUCUUUUCUCGAUAUAGUGGUUGUAACAGCCAUUAUUCCAAAAAUGUUAGCCAUCACUGUCAUGGAGGAUGAUAUGAUUUCAUUUUCAGGAUGCUUUUUACAAAUGUAUUUCUUUCUAGGUUCUCAAUGCACAGAAAGCUUUCUAUUAACCACAAUGGCUUAUGAUCGCUAUAUUGCCAUAUGCAAACCUCUGCAUUAUAAUACAAUCAUCACUAAGAGAAUGUGUGCUAUACUGAUAUCUAUCACGUGGAUGUUAGGUUUUUUUGGACCAAUCCCAGCUGUAAUUUAUGCUGUACAAUUGCCAUAUUGUGGACCCAACAAAGUAAUCUAUUGGUUCUGUGAUUUUCCAAACGUAGUUCAUUUGGCUUGUUCAGACACUUCAUUUGUAAUCAAUCUAGCAUUUGCAGUUGCAAUGGCUGUAAUAUAUAUUCCAUUUUUUAUGAUAUUUUGUUCCUACAUUAAAAUAAUCAGAUCAGUUAUUCGCAUUGCUACAGCUGAUGGACGGAGUAAGGCAUUUUUAACUUGUUCUGCCCACAUGCUGGUUGUUCUUACCUACUUCUUCUCGAAUGCAGUAGUUUACCUCCUUGAAAUGGUUGGGAAUGUAUCCUCUGAUACACGGGUCCUUGUCGCUGUCUUCAAUUGUUUUUUAACGCCGUUGGCCAAUCCCAUCAUUUAUUGUUUGAGGAAUAAAGAAAUAAAAGAUGCUAUAACAAAGUACAUCCUAGUGAAAAAAAUAUUUCCUUUGCAUUCCAAAAUAUAG